GAGCGAUUGGAAUCAGGAAGUGGAAUUGUAAUGUACUAUUUUGAUUGAGCCCGACGCUAUUUUAAUCAAGUAAAUUGGAGGUUUAAAAUGGGGCUUUUUGGAAAAACACAAGAGAAACCACCGAAGGACCUUAUCAAUGAAUGGUCUCUUAAAAUCAGGAAAGAAAUGAGGGUUAUUGACAGACAAAUCCGAGAUAUUCAAAGAGAGGAGGAGAAGGUGAAGCGGUCCAUCAAGGAUGCAGCUAAGAAAGGACAGAAAGAUGUCUGCAUCAUUCUUGCCAAAGAGAUUAUUCAGUCAAAAAAAGCUAUAAACAAACUGUAUGCCUCAAAAGCCCAAAUGAACUCUGUGCUUCUCAGUAUGAAGAAUCAGUUAGCUGUAUUAAGAGUAGCUGGUGCCUUGCAGAAGAGCACAGAGGUCAUGAAGGCCAUGCAAAGCCUGGUUAAAAUCCCAGAGAUUCAAGCCACGAUGAGAGAACUCUCAAAAGAAAUGAUGAAGGCCGGUAUUAUAGAGGAAAUGCUGGAGGAUACACUAGGGGGUAUGGAGGAUGAAGAGGAGAUGGAGGAAGCAGCAGAGGCUGAGGUUGACAAGAUACUAUUUGAGAUUACAGCUGGUGCUCUUGGUAAAGCUCCCAGCAAAGUUACGGAUGCCCUUCCUGAUCCAGGGCUAGAUGGGGCCACAGCACCUUCAGAAGAAGAGGAGGAAGAGGAAGAUAUCGAGGAGAUGCAGUCCAGGCUAGCAGCGCUGAGAAGCUAGAAGACCUUUUUUCACAUUCAAGCUUUAUAGGCAUAGACAACAACACCAUUUCUCAUGUCCUCUGUUGUUAUUCUAACUCUUAAGGACAUUGGGAAUUUUGGUCUGAUAAAUUUAGGGCUAAAUUCUAACGGCACAUAAGACGAACAGAAUUUGGAGUGGAUAUAGCAGAGACAAAAUUACUCUUGAUUACAUACUGUAGAAGAAAAAACAAUCUUUUAUGUUAUCAAAUGGACGGCAUUUUCAGAUACAGAAAGAUAGCAAGCUGACUUUUUUAAACCAAUUCACUACAUUUAAAGGCCAUUUUGUUUAAUUCAAUGCCUAUAGCUUAGCAGCUUGUCCAAGGAGGUGUUGUGCAGUGGUGUCAUAUCGGUGUUGGUCUUUGUCAUUCUGUCUAUUCUGUCCAAUUUGCUGUUUUACUCAAGCCUUAAAUAGGCAAAGUGAAUAGUUCUUUCCUGUAUCUGGUAAAUUGAUUUUACUUGAGGGGGACACAUUCAUGGAAGCCAUCACUUGUAAAUCUUGUAAAAAUAAUGAAAAAUUAAAAUAUUGCUGUUUGCAUUGUUAUUUUAUAAGUAAACACUCCCUUAUAGAUUCAGUGUGUGUUAUACGAGAGUAAACAGGCUUUCAGAAUAAUGGAGUGGUUGUGAUCAAUAACUGGCUUGUUUUUUGCAGCUGGAUUGUUAUCACACCAGAUGUGUUGGACUUAAAUGGUUCAGUUGUUGUUUUGUUCUGUCUCUGUUAAUGCCUGGUAUGAUUCAAAUGAAUCAUCUUAUGUUUGUGUGUUAUUUACAUGGGUGUUUUUAUCACGCCUUUGCUAGUUGAGUAAGAUGUACAAUCAUUUUGCAUAACUGAGUUCAAAAAGUCCCAAUAACAGUUCAACAUGGCUUUAAAAGCACAUCAUAUAAAAUGCUACAAUAGCUUUUUAUAGAAAGGUGUAAAUGUACACACGGUUCUUUAAAUGGGGUCAUGGUGUAUGUUACGUUUAUUGGCUGAGUAUUGACUUUGCUUUAAUUAAAUAUCUACAUAAGAAAACAACUGUCCCCAGUAAGACAAAAUUAUCAUUUAGCUUCAAGACUACAUUUUUAGUAUGGCAUGUCAAAUUAAUCAAACCCUGGCGGUGUUAAGUACAAAAAUUCCGCCCAGAUCCACAUGUAAUAUGUUAAGUCUAAUCAUUUAUAAUUUCCAGAAUGAACCAGAUUAUUUGGUUGUUUUACUUCAUUUGAGACCAUGGUUAAAUGUGGGGAAAAUGUGCACAAACAUCUGUACAUAAGAAAAAUUGUGUUGAUAACACUAAUAAAUUUGACAGACAAAGGAGUCAUUUCAGAGCCAAUUAA